AUGACAACAGUAAGAGCACUGAUAGCUACAACAGUGAAGAAAGGGUGGUGUAUAUCUCAGCUAGAUGUAAACAAUGCCUUCCUCCAUGGGGACCUUAAUGAGGAAGUGUAUAUGCAAGUUCCACCUGGACUUGUUGUGGAUAAGCCAACACUAGUCUACAAGUUAAACAAAUCUCUCUAUGGCCUAAAACAUACCAGAUAUACACAUUCCAUGAAUGACUACUCGCUUUUCUAUAAGAAAGAUGGAAACACCUCAGUAUAUGUUGCAGUAUGUGUAGAUGAUGUGCUGCUUACUAGGAGUGAUCAGGAAGAGAUCAUACAAUUGAAGGACUUCUUGAAUGAGCAGUUUAGGAUCAAAGACCUUGGCCAACUGCAUUAUUUUCUGAGACUAGAGGUGAUGUACAAAGAUGUUGGUGUCAUAAUCUCUCAAAGGAAAUUUGUAUUGGACAUGCUGAAAGAGUACAAUUUCCUAGAUUACAAACCUUGUUCUUCUCCCUUGGAUCCUACCAUAAAGCUAAAGGCCAAAGAAAGCACCAUCCUACAAGAUCCUACUUACGAUAGAAAGCUGGUGGGGAAACUAAAUUUCCUAACCAAUACUAGGCUGGAUAUUGCAUAUAGUGUUCAACACUUGAGUCAGUUCAUGCAAGAUCCCAGAGAACCUCAUUUGAAAGCAGCAUUUCAUAUGCUCAGGUACUUGAGAAAUGAUCCUACCCUAGGGAUCUUCAUGUCUAAGGAUGCAGAUUGCAUAGUCAAAGCCUACUGUGACUUUGAUUGGGCAGCCUACCCAGAUUCUAGGAGAUCCAUUACAGGUUAUUUGGUACUUCUAAGCAAUAACCCUAUCAGCUGGAAGUCUAAGAAACAGGAAACUAUAUCAUUGUCUUCUACAGAAGCAGAGUACAGGGCCUUAAGGAAAGUAGUGGGGGAAUUGGUAUGGUUGAGCAGACUGUUUGAAGAUCUGAUUGUCCCUUAUCCAAUGCCUAUUUCAGUGUUAUGUGAUAGCCAAUCUGCACUUCACAUUGCCAAGAAUCCAGUCUUCCACGAAAGAACCAAGCACAUAGAAGUGGACUAUCAUUUUGUGCGUGAUCAAUUACAAGCAGGACUAGUUUCGCUUCAUCAUAUUAGGACAGACAGUCAACUAGCCGACAUUCUAACCAAAGCUUUAACUGGAAUCAAACAUAGUGCCACAUUGGGCAAAAUGUUCAUUGCUCUCUCUCUAUAUCUUCUUCUCCGACCUUUCUCUGAAUUUUCAUGGCGUGAGAGCUAA